AUGGCAGACAACGAUGUACAUUCACAAUUGGGACUUUCUGGCACUGCUAUUACCUGGUCGCGGUCUCCAAUGAUUCCCGGAAUCAAGCAGCUCAUUGUGCUCAGACGCAAGGCUGGAAUGACGCGUCAAGAAUUCUUCGACUAUCAUUAUCAAGUGCACGGAGCCAUCAGCACAGGCACCAACUCCUGGAAAUAUUUCCAAACUCACUUUAAUGACUCAGCCUACCAUCCUCAAGGUCCAAAUUUUGACCUCAACUCUCACCCUCCCUGGGCAUUUGGGGACGACAUCACCGAGCGUGAAUGCUUCGAGAAUUUCAAAGCACUCUUCAUCCAUGGAAAGGCAAAUUCGCCGGUCAACCAGGUAUUGUAG